AAAGUCCUCAUAGAUUGUAAAGUCGGCUACAAAAACCUUCAUCAAAAACAAGAGAGAGGAGAAGAGAGCGAAAGCAAAAAUAAACCCUAGAAAUUAUUUCUUCUUCAAACGCCUCUGUAAUGGCGGUGUAUCUACUCCAUGAAGCUGCAUCUGGUUACUCAUUGUUUCAAGCUCAUGGGAUAGAUGAGAUUGGGCAAAACACUGAAGCUGUUAGGAAUUCGGUAACUGAUCUUAAUAGGUUUGGUAAAGUUGUAAAGAUUGCUGCUUUUUCACCAUUUGGUUCUGCUUUAGAUGCUCUUAACCAGUGUAAUGCUGUCUCUGAAGGGCUUAUGACUGAUGAGUUAAGAAACUUCUUGGAGUUAAAUUUACCCAAAGUCAAAGAAGGAAAGAAACCUAAGUUUAGUCUUGGAGUUGCUGAGCCAAAGAUUGGGUCACAUAUCUUCGAAGAAACUAAGAUUCCCUGCCAAAGCAAUGAAUUUAUUCUUGAACUUCUCCGUGGUGUCCGCUUUCAUUUUGAUAGGUUCAUUAGUGACCUUAAGCUCACCGAUUUGGACAAGGCUCAGCUUGGGUUGGCUCACAGUUACAGCAGAGCUAAGGUGAAGUUCAAUGUCAACAGAGUUGAUAACAUGGUUAUUCAAGCUAUCUUCCUCCUUGAUACUCUGGAUAAAGAUGUCAACACCUUCUCCAUGAGAAUCAGAGAGUGGUACUCGUGGCACUUCCCUGAACUAGUUAAGAUUGUUAAUGAUAACUAUCUUUAUGCCAAAGUUGCAAAAUAUAUUGAGAACAAGUCUGAGCUUUCUGAGGACAAGAUCCCAGGAUUAACUGAGAUACUUGGAGACGAAGACAAGGCAAAGGAGAUUGUGGAAGCAGCGAAAGCAUCCAUGGGGCAGGAUUUGUCCGUUAUUGACUUAAUUAAUGUCGAGCAAUUUGCCCAGAGAGUGAUGGACCUCGCACAAUACAGGAAGAAUCUACAUGAGUAUCUAGUGAAUAAGAUGAAUGACAUUGCACCAAACUUGGCUUCUCUUAUUGGUGAAAUGGUUGGAGCUCGUUUAAUUUCUCAUGCUGGGAGUCUUACAAAUUUGGCCAAGUGUCCUUCCUCCACUCUUCAGAUUUUAGGUGCAGAGAAAGCACUCUUCAGAGCGUUAAAAACUCGGGGGAACACUCCAAAAUAUGGUCUCAUCUUCCACUCAUCUUUCAUUGGACGAGCAUCUGCAAAGAACAAAGGUCGUAUGGCUCGCUAUCUUGCCAACAAGUGUUCUAUUGCUUCUCGCAUUGACUGCUUUUCGGAGACAAACACCACUGUAUUCGGGGACAAGCUCCGUGAGCAAGUCGAAGAGAGACUGGAUUUCUAUGACAAGGGUAUUGCACCUCGCAAGAAUGUUGACAUGAUGAAAGCUGCCAUUGAAAGUAAUAAAGAUGAUGAGAAAACUGAUAUGGAUGUAGAAGAUGGAGCUUCUGCAAAGAAGAGCAGCAAGAAAAAGAAGUCAAAAGGUGAUGUAGAGCCUAUGGAAGAGGACAAAUCAGCUGCUAAAUCAACUAAUGGAGAUGCUUCAGAAGAAGAUAUGCGCACUGAGAAGAAGAAAAAGAAAAAAGAGAAGCGCAAGUCUCAGGAGAAUGGUGAGAAUGGAAUUGAGUCGGAGCAGAACGGAACAACCAAGAAGAAAAAGAGCAAAAGCAAGGAUGUUAACAUGUCGAAACUGUCAGCGAAGUGAAGAAGAAAAAGAAAUCUAAAAGCAAAACUGAUGCUUAAUUUAGUUUUCUGAUAAAAUGUGUUCUCUGGUAGUAUGCUUAGUUAUAUAGAGGUGUUUUGGCAAGUACUGCCUCUGUAUUUGGUUUAUGUUUUUGUUCUUUAACUCUUUUGUAGAAUUGACAAUAUUUAAUAUUUUCUGCAGUUAUAUACUUCAUGUUUAAUCUGCUCUU